AUGAGUGAUUAUGCUUUGGUGCGCUCGCGGAGCGCUUUGACACGCUCCAGAUCUGUGGACCCGGCUUCGCGGCUUUUGGUAAGUCGGGCCGGGCUUAGGCUUAGGCCUAGGCCCAAAUCCAUGUAGAGCAUUUCAAGAGCUUCAAAAUGAGCCCCAACAUGACUAGGCCACGCCCACUUUUCUGUGCGGCACAGAAAAGUGGGCGUGGCCUGAAAUCUAGUCAUGUUAGGUCUCGUUUUGAAGCUCUUGAAAUUCUCUACAAAAUGCGAUUAGCUACAGUAACCCCAGAAAACUACAGUAAUUGUUUUUGCCACGUGGAAAACAAUAGAGAUCAAAAAUCUGAAGCAUGUGAUAUUUCUUUUUUACACAUCGCCCCCAAAAACCAAUUAUUUUCUCUCGUAUCUCUUUUUUUCACUUUUGAAAAGUUCAAAAGGUAAACAAAAGAAAAAAUUCUCCGGGAGAAGUACACAGGAAAAUGCCACGUGGCAAUAAAUUUAAAAAAAAAAUUCAAAAAAAAUUUUUUUUUUGAAAAAAAAAAAUCAAAACCUUUUUUUCCAAAAAAAAAAUCAAAAAAUUUUUUUCCAAAAAAAAAAAUUCGAAAAAAUUUUUUUUCCAAAAAAAAAUCAAAAAAUUUUUUUUCAAAAAAAAAAUUCGAAAAAAAUUUUUUCCAAAAAAAAAAUUCUAAAAAAUUUUUUUCAAAAAAAAUCUGAAAAUUUUUUCAGAAAAAAAAUUCAAAAAAUUUUUUAAAUUUUUUUUUCAGAAUUUUUAAGCUGGAAAAUUUAAUUUUAAAAAAUUCUGAAAUUAAAUUCUACAAAUUUUCAGUUAAAAAUUCCACGUGGCAAAAAAAAAGUGUUCUACAGUAACCCUGGGCUUGUGUGGUCUCAAAACGUCGCAAAUUUCCGCGUUCAGGUCACACGUACCGCUUCCGUUCCGGAUCUCACCGCACACUUCCGCUACUCGGCAAAAUAUCGUCCACAAUGGCACACGGUCUAUCAAUCGACACCAUACAAAUGGCGUCGCGAUUGGGACCUCUAUGAUGAUUAUUGGUACGAUAAGUACUACUAUUUUUCGCCACUCUACCGUACCUAUUAUCCAAGUCGCCGCUAUUAUUAUAGGUCAGUUUUGGCGAGAAAAUUUGGGGAUUUUCAUGAUCUACAGAAAAAACGCUUCAAAAUGACACCAAACAUGGGCUAGUUAAAAAAAAAAUUUUGCUGACGCAUUUUUGGUAGGCUACAAAAAUCGCGUCAGCACCGGAAACACGUCAGUGAAGCUAUUUUCACAAUCUCUAGGUUCAGAGCUUCAAAAUGACACCAAACAUGCGUCAGUAAAUAAUUUUGUUGACGCAUUUUUGGUAGGCUACAAAAAAUGCGUCAGCCUAGUUACUAUCAGAGGCUACCAAAUUCGCGCCAGCACUCAAAACGCGUCAGUGAAGCUAUUUCCUUAAUCUACAGGUUCAGAGCUUCAAAAUGACACCAAACAUGGGCUAGUUAAUUUUUUUUGCUGACGCAUUUUUGAAAGGCUACAAAAAUUGCGUCAACACCGGAAAUGCGUCAGUAAAGCUAUUUUCACAAUCUCUAAGUUCUCAGCUUCAAAAUGACACCAAACAUGCGUCAGUAAAUAAUUUUGCUGAGGCAUUUUUGGUAGCCUACAAAAAAUGCGUCAGCAAAGGCCUUGCUGACGCAAAUUUUGCAGCUGGCCUAGGCAUGUUUGGUGUCAUUUUGAAGAGCUACAAAUUCUGCGUCAAGCUGAACUAUCACUGACGCAAAUUCUGCAAGACCUACAGAAAUUGCGUCAGUGAAAGUAUUCCUUGGCGCAUUUUUUGUAGCUGGCUCAUUUGAACCAAAAUUUUCCAUAGAAACCUAGGCAUGUUCGGUGUCAUUUUGAAGCCCUACAAAAUUUGCGUCAGUGAAAGUAUUCCUUGGCGCAUUUUUUGUAGCUUGGCGCAUUUUUCGAGCAAAACCUAGGCGUGUUUGGUGUCAUUCGAAUGCUCUUUUCAUUUCCAGCGACAAUUUGCCCAACCCAUACUUCUGGAACACCUACAGUAACUACUGGACCCGCUACAAGGGCUAUUGGUACGACUACGAUUAUCCGAGCUAUUAUCGCCGUUAUUCGAACACGGCUUUCAAUCGAUAUUUGACCACCACCUACACGCCCUACAGAUCCUAUUUGUUGGACUCGUUGAGCUCGAGUUUGUCACGUGGAUUGUCAAUGUACAGAUCGGGUACGGUAGGCGCGGAAAGGGCGUGCGGAAGGGUGCGGAAAAGUGAAAAAACGGCAAUUUUUGGAGCAUUUUGAGCCUAAAUUCGGGGAUUUUUGAGAUUAGGUCCGGGCCCGGGCUUCAGGCCUUACCUUAGGCCCAGGCCCAAGCCUCAAGCCUAAUAAUGUCCAAUUUCCAGACCCCUACUACUACUCCCGCUACCUUUCCUACUACUAA